UCUGCAUCUGACAGUGUCCCUCCCUCUUUCUCUCUCUCUCCUCCUCGCUCUCUCAUUAGGCUUUACACCGGCAAAACACCGACGCACUCUCUUUCCCUUAACCCGGAGAAUAAACACGGAGCGGCGGCUGGAGCAGUAUUGACCUCCCCCCCCCCCCUCCUCCCGGUGCGCACCAUCCAUGGUCCUCCACUGGAUGUCUGUCUGUCUGACAGGACGGUUGGUGUCACGUUGCUGAAGCGACAGAGGAAGGCCCGGAGGUGAAGAGAACAAGCUAGGGGUCCUCCCAGACAGCAGGGGGCAGCAGCAGGCAUGCAGGACUCCGCCUCUGACAGCAAGAUGGCAAAACAGGAACAGAACUCCAAGCACCUCGAUGAGCACAGAGAAACAGAUGACAUGUCUGAGAAAACAUCACCAAACAAGAACCUCAAGUCUCCCCAAAAGGGCUCCAAACGACUUAAAACUGCCCCCUUCAAAGUGACCCUGCUGGAUUCCUCCGAGUUCGAAGGAGAAGUUGAGAAACAUUCCAAAGGACAGACUCUGAUGGAUAUGGUGUGUGAGCAUCUUAACCUGUUGGAGAAGGACUACUUUGGUCUGACCUUUGCCGACACAGACAGCCAGAAGAACUGGUUGGACCCCUCCAAGGAGAUCAAGAAGCAGAUGCGCAAUGCUCCGUGGCACUUUGCCUUCUCUGUCAAGUUCUACCCUCCAGACCCCUCCCAGCUCACAGAGGAUAUUACCAGAUACUACCUGUGUCUGCAGCUGAGGGAUGACAUGCUGUCAGGUCGGCUGCCAUGCUCGUUCGUCACUCACGCCCUCCUGGGCUCCUACACGGUUCAAGCCGAGUUGGGAGACUAUGACCAAGACGACCACGGCUCCGACUACGUCAGCGAUUUCCGCUUUGCUCCCAAUCAGACUCGUGAGCUGGAGGAGAGAGUGAUGGAGCUCCAUCGAAACUACAAGGGGAUGACUCCAGCAGAAGCUGAGAUUAACUUCUUGGAGAAUGCGAAGAAGUUGUCCAUGUAUGGAGUAGACCUGCAUCACGCCAAGGAUUCUGAAGGGAUUGAAAUAAUGCUGGGCGUUUGUGCCAAUGGCCUGCUGAUUUACCGUGAUAGGCUGAGGAUCAACCGCUUUGCAUGGCCAAAGAUCCUCAAGAUUUCAUAUAAAAGGAGCAACUUCUAUAUCAAGAUAAGACCUGGGGAGUAUGAACAGUUUGAAAGUACGAUUGGUUUUAAGCUUCCCAACCACAGAGCUGCCAAGAGGCUUUGGAAGGUCUGCAUCGAACAUCACACCUUCUUCCGGUUGGUUUCUCCAGAACCUCCUCCGAAGGGCUUCUUGGUGAUGGGUUCAAAGUUUCGAUACAGCGGAAGGACUCAAGCUCAGACCAGGCAGGCCAGCGCUCUCAUAGACCGGCCAGCUCCUCACUUUGAGCGUUCUACCAGCAAGAGGUACCUUCUGUCCAGGAGUUUGGAUGGAGAGUUCUCACGGCCUAUGUCAGCCAUGUGUGAGAACCACGACGGCCUGUCCCAUCGCAGCAUCAGCGAACAGCGACGCCUCCACAGCCCCUCUGUGGACGAGCAAGAGACGGAGCUGGAGCCCAGUUUGGAGCAGGAUGAAGAGGACAAGGACCAAGAGCAGAGCCAGGACAUGGAGCAGGACCACGACGGCAAUGUGACUCCAAGCAAAAAGAAAGAGAUCAUGGAGGAGGCUGGGUCACCAGUUGACAGUAAACAGGAGCUCUCUCAGUUGGACCAGGAGGCCACUCCUCGGCACAAACAGGAGUUUCUGGAUAAGUCGCAGGACGUCUUGCUGAAGCACCAGGCCAGCAUCAAUGAGCUGAAGAGAGCCCUGAGGGAGCCCAACAGCAAGCUGAUGAACCGGGAGAAGCGUCUGUCAGCCACCUCUCCAACUGGCACACCAGAGAAGAAGGCUUUGGUGGGCCGAGCAGUGGGAAAGGACCCUGUUAACAGCCUGUCUGUUGAGGGUUUCGUCCAGAAGACUCUGGUGACUUCACCUGAGGGCUCUGAGGAGUGGGUAUUGAUUGAAAAACAAGAACCUUAUCAACAAGACCAUGACUGGAAGGCAGAAGAAAAGAACAAAUGUCUCACAUCUGAUUCCUCGUGGGAGAAAAAGGAGCUGGAAAAAGAGAUAGACGUAACCAAGAUGAUACAUAAAGAGGUAACAGGGUAUGACAGGAAAGAAACGAAAAGCCAUAUUGAUGAAUUUCCAUCAACAAAAUCGUUCAGAGAGGCAGACAUAUGCUCUGAGCCUUCGCGUUUUGUGAUUCAAUUAUCUGAGAAUGCAGACUCGUUUCAAGACAAAUCUCUAAGUAAGCCAUCUCAAGCCUCAGACCCUGAGGCGAACAAUGAUGUGGCCCCAGGCUCGCGCCAGAUAAAGGAGCGCACCGCUUCAAAACCAAGGAAAAAGAGGAGACCCCAGAGCUUAAACCUGGGGAUGCCUGCAGAGCUCAUCUACAGGAAAGGUGGCAGCGAUUCUACCGGGGAAGAAAACGAGGGCUCAGACUCGGACAACAGUCCAGAAAAAAUGUCCAAAAGAGGAAAUCAUUGUGAGUCGCCCCCAGUGGUGAUGAUGAAAGAUGAUCAGGGAUUAGGAAAGGAUCAGUCGGUCAGGGUCUAUAAAGACAGCAAACAAGAGGAUGUAUCGGUUGGAGAAAACAGGGAUGUCUCCACUCAAGGAGCAGAACAGGUAAAGAAAAAAGUGAGCCAGGGUGGGACAGCAGAUAUUGAUUCAAGCUCAGUGAACGGACCUGGAAAGAUAGAGCAUGAUAGUUCAUUAUCAGGUGUUAAAGGAGAGUGUGCGAUAAAGGUGCGAGGGAAGAGCCUUAUUGACAACAAAGAGCUAGCAGAGGUGAAACUCCGACAGGUCAGGACACAUGAGAGAAAGAUCAGUAGCUCUGGAGGAGAAGAUGUUGAGGGUUUCCUGGGUGACAGAGGUCAGAGGACGUCCUUCCACCGACUGUCAGGAAGCAGCUAUCAGUCGGAAAUCACCAGGAUUGUUCCUCUCAAGCCAGAGCGGUCAAAGAGCAUAGCAUGUAAGGAUGAAAGGGACUGGACGGGGCAGGAUGAGCCCACACGAGUCAGAAGAGAAUACCGCUGGUCGGUCGGCUCUCCAGAGGGAUCCUCAGACCUCAACUGGACCGACGUCUCCACCUUCCAUCCGGCAUUCGCGGCAGAUCUGGAAGGUAAAACAGAUCAUCCUGAUGAUAGCUUUCAGUCUGGCGGAGGAUCUACAGAGACGCAGCUAUUUGGCUCAAAGAUUUCAGCGCUUCCCAAAAUGGCUCCUCCAGCCCCGCCGGUGAAAACGCAGAAGGCCAGGGAGUCUGGACUAAUACUGCGGAACAGCCGAAAUGCCGGCAGGGAGCCGAUCCUGGAUGCUGCCAAGAAGAGACACUCGGAGCCUGUCUCCACUCCUGCCAUCUACGAAGAGCCGUUUGCUGAUUUCAAGAAGGAGCUCGGAGAGAGGAGGCCUCAGCCGAGCGUAGCCUCGGAGGAGGAGCAGGAAAGAGACACGGUGGCCGGCAUGAGGGAAACUCACCUGGGCAUCGAGCGCAAGUGCUCCAGCAUGACGGUGAGCUCCACGUCCAGCCUGGAGGCCGAGGUGGACUUCACCGUCAUCACGGAUCUCCACUCCGGCAUGGAGGACUUCUCUAAGGGCAUGUCAGAGCUGGGAGUGAGGGAGCGACAGCCAGAUGUGGGCCGGGAGGACUUUGAGGAAACCUCCAGGUUCUACUCUGCACGUCUAAUGGGCUCCCGUGACAAAUCUCCAAUAGAGGAGAAGUUUCCCGAGGAGGCAACGCAUCAUGAGCCUCCUGUGGCAAAGAAAGACCCCAGCGCUGUGAGUGUCGCCCACAAGCUGAAGAGGGCCGACACCAAGACAGAGACACACACAAACGGAUCAGAAGUCCACCCCAACAACAUGAACGUCUCACCACAGAACUUUGGAGCCAUCAGCCCACAGGAGGCUCCUGCUGCCCUUAAAGAAAAUGGCUCCCCUGGAAAAGCCAGCACCCAGGGGAGGGAGUCUGUUGUGUCCCCACUGACCAUCACAGCUGAAAGCGUCACCUCAGCAACCACAACACAAGUUACCAAGACUGUGAAAGGAGGCUACUCAGAGACCAGAAUCGAGAAAAGGAUUAUAAUCACAGGAGACGACGAUGUGGAUCAACAUCAGGCGCUCGCCAUGGCGAUCCAAGAGGCCAAACAGCAGCAUCCCGACAUGUUGGUGACAAAAGCAGUGGUUAUCAGGGAAACAGAGUCUCCCACUGAGGAGAUACAGCAGAAAACAGAGUCCUGAUUGGACAUGGUGGCUCCUGAGACAGGGGGACAGGAGAGGAUCCUCCAGCCCUGUGCCUCCUUUCCGCCCUGCAGUACGCCACCAACCUUUAAGAGGACUCUCUACCCCACUGUGUACACACCGACACGAGAACAGACUGCGUUCCAUAAAGCAGUAGACCCCCACUCCUGUCCCUUUAGACGAACCAACUGUGACUCGGCCUCUAACCCGACCCUGCCUCCCGUCCUGUCCCAGCCUGUCCCAGCCAAGCCCUCCACCAUCUUAUGGAAAGAACAUCUUCUAUUGGACCAUUCAACACUUUUUCAAACUUUAUUAUUUAACGUUUUGGCUCAUCUGAACCAAUGAGUUUCCUCCUUCCUUCGUACGAAUUACUACUUUCUAUUUAAAGGUCUCGCACAUCUGCCCUGUGCUACUGUCAUGUAUGACAUGAUAAUAUAAGAGUGAAGGAGGGUUGGGGGAAAGUGUGGGGACAAUGCUGAUGUAUGGGUGGGUUGGGGAGGUGCCAAGGGGCAGCGUUUUUGCUUGUUGUUGCCACCUCCUCGCCCUGACACCUUCAGUAUAAUCAACUGCUGUCUUAUUAGCUUUUUACAUUUUUAUCUAUAGAGGAUCUAAUUUAUGUUCAGUGUUUGCUUGUUUAUGAAAUAUGUAUAAUAUCAGAUGAUUAUAAUCUGCAUGAUUCAAUUAAAAAACAGCAGAGGGAAUGAAAAAAAAAUCUUACACCGACAUGUCCACAUUUGAAACCCAUGAGAAGCUCUGUGAUGAUGGGACUGAGCACCUGUGGAGAAAGUGUAUAAAACACUGAGCCAAUAAGCAGUGGACUCAUACUAAUGCUGACAGACUGUACUAAAGAGUAUAAAGACACUAUAGUGGACAAUUGGAACUGGUCUCAGUCUCCAAUAUACAAACAUCAGUGUCCUCGUCCCACUUCACCUGUUCCUGUUUCAUUUUGAUGUCAGCUCGCCUCCAACAUAAACAGAUGCUGGUCACACGUUUUGGGCACAGUUUUAGGAUUUUUAGAGAAAUUUUAAUAUAAAUAAUGUUUCACAAAUGUGAUAUGUUUUUACUUUUUUCUUACUUUACUGACUUCCAUCGUGAAACAGUUUAUUUGGUUUUCUUGUGUUUUUGGACAUUUCAGUUGUCAUGUGUGAACAUCCUGUAACCUGGUUCUUUUCUCUGUUAUGUUUCACAGAGAUCUGACAAAGAUAAUCAGAUGGAUUCCACUCAAAACUACUAGGAACUAGUUUGCAAGAUUGUGAGGCUGUAAAAAGAUGGAAGAUGUGGGCCUGUAAUAGAUCCAUAUCUGCAUCAUAACCUGUCCUUGGAGACCCUAUAAUUUCCUUUUUAGGCCAUUUGGGGGCAGUACAACACAUGGUAAACACAACAUUAAGCUAUUAUCACCUCCUAAAGUUUUGAUAUGAUAAAUUUGUUUGCAUUUAUUUAAAUAUCCGGCCAAUAUGGAGCAAAAGUGAUUUGGAGUAGGGAUGUCUGUAUCAAGUUUUCUGCUCCUGAUUCAAACUAGAUCAUAUAUAGUAUCUGCCUAUAUGGAGUCCCAAAACCAAUACUAUUUCCUAGAUACAAAAAUCAAAUAUCGUAGAUUAGCUGUAGUACAUGUUUGGGCAGCUGGAGCCCCAUGGUGUUUAUUACUGUAGCAACCAGAGGAGACGGACAGAAAAACAUUGUUUUCCUUGCCACUGUCGCCUUGGGGCUUGCUCUGGGGGUCAGCCAUAUGGGUUCUAUAAAGCGUCUUGAGACAAUUUAACUGUAAUUGGCGCUAUAUAAAUAAAAUUGAAUUGAAUUGAAUUAAAUUGUAGGGGUUUAGGUAGUAAAGGAGCACCGUGACAAAGUCUGCUGUGUAUCUUAGUACAGCAAUAUCAGCAUGGGACAAUUAUCACAUUUGCUGUGUUUGAAUUACAACUUAUUCAAAUAUUGAUCGAUAAUGCACCAUUUAAGAACAAAAUUAUUCAAAUAUAAUCAAGUUAUAAGGCUUAGAUUCAUGUGGAUGCCAAUGAGUUAAAUAUUGCCUUGAUUGGCAUCGUUAUUUGGAGUCUAGUCUUUUAAACUCUGAUGUGAUCUCUUGAGGGGAAGAUGUGAUUGUGAAACUUGUAUGUGUUUUAGCUGCAAACAUCUUUAUUAUGGUAACUUUAUGUGCAGUUUGGUACUGAGCAAGUAGCACACAGGAGGUUUAUCCUGAUUUUUUUUGCUGAAAACUGCUAAUUGCGGUUGGAAACGAGGCUGAUUGGAGUUGGGAGAUUGAAAUGAAAUGGUAAAGUUGAGGGGCUGCUAAACCAAGACAGUUAGCUGAAAGAGGCUAACACGCUAAAGAAAGUGCAGAGUUGGGUGAUAAUUUGUGACUGUGAGCAACAUCUUUCACGCUACACACAGUCAUUUUUCAUACAAAAAUAUUAGAAGUACACAUCAGAGAGUUUAUGUUUACCAGAGGUUCCAGUUUUGACGCAUGUUUACACACUGCCUGAAAGUUUCAAAACCACAAGAUUAACCUGGUUACUUUAUUUGUUUUCUGUGGGAUUAACCCUGCUACAUUAUGCUGUACGAGUUUGUACUUAUAUUUAUAGGAGUGGUGAAUGUGAACGCCUCCCUGUUUCCCCUUAAAGGCAGAGCCGAGACCACAUUGUGUGACAAACAUGAAGCAUCCACAGAGCGUGUUGGCUGUCACAUAUAUUAAUAUAUCCUGGGUGACCUUUAAUACUAUACUAUGCAUCACUUAUCAAACAUAAGAAUCCCUCUGAUGGAGCCUGACCCAUGUUAGCCGUGUUACCGUCAUUGUUGACUUUGUGCUACCGUUAACCAAAGCAGUGAAGCGCACUGCUUGUGAGAUUUGCAAUAAGCAACCAUUAUUCUUAUCCUCUGUCCUCUAAAGGGAGAAAACUGUGAACUCUCAUGUGUAACCAAAACAUACAGAAUAAGAGUUUUAGAAUGAUAUUCGAAGGAGCUUUUCCAACACUUGUGACCAUGGCUUUGUCGCCCUCGUUGUCUAAUCCUCCCCCUUCGACUUGAACCCGUCGACCUGCUGUUGAUGUGUCUGUGGAAACAAGACAUUCACAAACUGAUGAUUUGUAUAUUCUAUUUUGCUCUGUUUUGUUUUAUCUGGUCAUAUGACACUGGACUGUUGUGAAGGCACUUGCUUUGCAAUGAUGGCAGCACAUGUACUGUAAACUGCUAGGAAAAACAACCUGUCUGCUGUAGAAUAGGACACACUACUGAUGGAAGGUGACGUCUGUAGAGAUCAGGAGAGAAGCUGCGUGCUGCGGGUGAAGUGGUGAGUUGAAGGAUGGAGGGCCUGUAUUUAUAUAUAAAUAUCCAUAUUUCUGUGUAUUAUCCUGUACACUAUGUAGAAACUGUCAGGAGCAGAGAUGAGUUUUAGGUUUAGGGGACGAGGCAGUAAGUGGAAUCUGAAGGACAGCGGUGCAAUAGAAACGUCACAUGAAUGGGUGCCUUAUGUUUGGAGUCACGGUUAUCAGUGCUCAGCUGAAAGUGCUCUUAAUCACCACAAGGCAGAUGGAGAAUCAACCUCUCCAUCCAAGGUGAGGAGGAGCUGUCUUGAAAAGUGAAUUACUGUCUUGUAAAAGAAUAUGACAUUGAAAGCAGUGGGUAAACGAAGUCCCUUUGAAUCUGGACUGUGAGUACUCAACGAGAUGAAAAUAUUUAUUGGCCCCAUUAACUUAAGAAAAACCAGCACAGUGCAGAUUAUGUAUAUGAGGAUUUUUCUCUGUGAAGACCAUCAAACCGCUCUGCUGUUUAGCCUCCACCUUCAAUUCACCACUGCCUUUUGCUCUACAUUCCCCUAGUGCUUGGUGGUGUGCAUUUGCUGUAUUUGCAUUCAGUCUAAAUGGAAAACAUACCUGCAUAAAUAAAUGUCUCAGUAUGAUUCAAA